GGUUUUUCAUCUUUAAGCACCCUUGGUCCUACAUAUAAGCGACGAAAGCUUUCAUUCAGAGUUUGAAACCCAGUAGAAGAGUUAGAUCCGAUCAACGAAGACUUCCACACAAAACAACUUGUGUUAUGGCAUCAAUGAAUCGCUCAUCCUCCAGUGGUACUGUUCCUGCAGAAAAGCACGAAGUGUUCAUCAGUUUCAGAGGAGAAGACACUCGCAAGGGCUUCACAAGCCAUCUCAACGCAGCUUUCAGGAGGAACCACAUCAGAACCUACGUGGACUAUAAUCUCCAGAGAGGAGACGAAAUAUCAACCACUCUUCUUAAAGCUAUUGAGGAUGCUCAGCUUUCUGUGAUUGUUUUCUCUAAGAACUACGCUAACUCCAAGUGGUGUUUGGAUGAGCUCUUGAAGAUUCUUGAAUGCAAAAGAACCAGAGGCCAAAUAGUGCUGCCUGUCUUCUACGACAUCGAUCCUUCCUUCGUGCGCAAUCAGAUAGCAAGUUAUGCAGAAGCGUUUGAGAAACAUGAAAAGAGAUUUAGGGAUGACUUGAGCAAGAUCCAAAGAUGGAGGAACGCUUUGACAGAAGCUGCAAGUUAUUCUGGCUGGGAUUGCACCAUCAACAGGAUGGAAUCAGAGCUGGUGGAGGAAAUAGCGAAGGAUGUGUUGGAGAAAUUGAACAGAGUGUACGUAGGAGACAUAGAUGAGAAGAUCGCCAAGUAUGAAGAACUUGCACAGCUGCAGAAUGAAUAUGCACGCAAAUUACCAAGUAUCGACAACUUUCACAAGGUUGAUAUCACAAAGCAAUGCAUCGUUCAGCUGCAAAUGGAGAGAAAUCUUCGUAUGCUUCGUCUCACUCCUGACAUGCUUUCUCACGUCCAACAAUCUUAUCCUCCCAAUAAUUAUCGUUUUUUCUAGCUCAAAUGUAACGGUAAUUUUUCCAGGUUUUAUGUUCCUGUUUUGCUCUAUUUGUCUGAGAUAGAUAUAUUUAAUUAGUACUUCUAUUAUUUUGGCUUUCCCAUUUCUAAGUUUGUGCGGGUGUGUCAAAAAUGAAAAAUGUUACAUUGCUGCUCAACUCUUAAUCGAGUGAAGGUUGUAAAAA